GUUGGAUACACGUUGAGCAGAUGAAUGACACAUAGGCCCGAGAUAUGUGGACCGCGGGGCUGCUUGCCUGUUGCCUGCACUGUGUAUAUGCAACUAGUGUCAACAUAUCCACUUGGACAAAACACUUCUACAUAACUGAGAAUGAGAACACGUGGUGGGAAGCUAGAAAAAACUGCAAAACGGAGCUUCAGAGUGAUCUGUACAUUGUUGAUACAGAACCCCUUCCUUCAGUCCUUGAUGAGUUUCUUAACAACCACACAUUCUACUGGGUAGGAGCCAUGAGGUAUUCAACAUGGAUAUGGACAGCAGAUGAUUUCCCGCUUUACAGUUAUGUCGGUUACACUAAACCAGGUUCAAACCCCAAAUACUUGCUCGAUAACUCUGUGUACGAGUGUCAUCUUGCAUGUAGAAACAAGGACAGAACGUUUGGGCUGAGCGGCAACAAAUGCUAUUGUCACAACGAGACACGUGCAGCUACAGCUCCCACUGCAGUAGGGUUGCAGUGUCCGGGCAACCUAGAUGAAAUGUGUGGCGACGAAGAUGUGAUGUCAGUCUAUACACUUGGUGCUGGAAACUUUCGAUUUACACCGACACAACAUGGGGCAUGUGCUUAUGCGAUGGUCAAUGACUCAAUCUCAGUAUACCUCAACCAUUACCGCAAUUGUUUAACACAAAAGAGGAUAAUCCCAUGUUAUGAAAACAGAAAGGACGCCAAUGGAUAUGAGGAUUACUACCCGUUUAUAAAUUCACCUAUACAAAUGUGCCUUGCUUUGAAAAACGAUGGAGCAAGGAAGCUGUACUGGAUACCGUGCUCUCUACACCUUGGUUCUAUUUGUGAAGCUCCAACGUCGUCAACAACACUAGCAUCGUCAAACGGAGGUAUUUCUACUGAGGGUCAAGUCUCAAACCAGGAUGAUGGAGUUGGUCAAUCUGAUACACAGACUGGUCUGUACAUAGGACUGGCUGCAGGCAGUUGUAUAAUUUUGCUGAUUAUCAUCGCUGUAGUCUGCUUUGUGCGAAGGCAACGAAAAAUCCGUUUGGAAAUAACAGAUGAACAGAGGAUCUUCAACACGGCCACAGAAAACAUGACCUAUGAUAUCGAUGUACCAAGAGACAAUGAAGCAAUUUCUGUUUCCCCAGACUUCACUCCUGUCCCAAAGGCGACAGUUAAUCCCACCACCCACACUGAGAAAGCCUACAUGAACCAUCCUGGGACUAAUGUUGAGAGUGAAUACAACUCCCUGUCAGCAAAGGUGAAAGGUGCUGCUUCUGAUUACUACAAUACAAGAUCUGUUGUCAUAGAUGAUCUGAUGUGUUAAUGAUGAACUUUAUAUCACUCUGAUCUUGUCUUGUCUUGUGAGGUAAAUCCAAAUACAUGUAAGUAUUUGACUGUUAGUAAAGUAGAACUAGGGUCUCCUCACCAGUUUUGCUGACUAUGAAGAGCUCGAUAGGGGUCGAUUAAAGGAGGUACAAUAGUGUUUGUGGCGUUUGCCACCGACAGGUCAAGAUACGUUCACCUGUUUGAGAACACCUGGUAUCAUCACUAUUUGAUAUGGAUUCAUAAACAUAUGCAUACGAUAUAGUCGGAAUCGUACAACUCGUUCCAGCACAUAUUUCUUAUGAUUAGGCUAAGGGGCUUGUUGCUUUCAUUUCAUAGCUGGUGAUUUCAUUAAAUGCCUGUGAGUCAAUGUUAGCACGUGUUUCAUUAGGCAAAUGACUUUGUUCGAAAUGUGCCUCUGUUCACCAAGGAGUGAAUGGGUACCUGGUAAGAUGUCCUAGCGCCUUAUGAGGCGGCUUGGGUUGUGUAAUCCCAGGGGAGCUGAAAAUGAAAUAUGAAUGCACACUGAUCCAAUGCUCGGGAUGUCAAUAAACUGGUGGCAUGAGUGGAAGGCGCAUUAUAAACAAUGCAUCUUAAUAUAUGUUUACCAUUGUUUAAUCAGAUUGUGUUUGAUACAACCAGCACCUCACUGAAUAUACUUCUUCUUCUCUAUCACUAUACCUUCACGUAG